AUGGCGCCGUCGACGGGAAGUUUACCGCCCCACGAAGCAGCACAGGCAGUCUCCCGCAAUGGUGUGGAACACCUCUCAGAACCAAUAUUCAUAACCUUCGUCCAAAACAUAUACGGAGCUCCUCUGCUCUCAGCAGGCGGUCUGCUUGCCGUCCUUGUCGGAGCUGGCUUCGCAGGAAUCCAGGAAGAGAACAAUCCCGGCAUUCAACGUCUGCUCCAAGGGGCUGCGUUUCCGGUUGGUCUGGUCAUGGUGUACUUCGUCGGCGCGGAACUUUUCACUGGAUACCCUAUGUGGUUCACCCUCACAGCUCUACAACGUAAAGGAAGAGUCACCCAGUAUGUUUUCACCAUCGUUGCCUCCUGGGUUGGAAAUUUGCUGGGAACGUUGUUUUUCAGUUUGAUGUCGACCAAGGCCACGGAAGCUCUCUAUCAGGAACCCUGGCGCUCUGCUGUAAUCAGUCAAGUUACUGAGGAUAUCAUCGAGCAGCAAUUCCACAUCAUCAUGUUGAGGGCUGUUUUCUGUGGGUGGCUGGUCACCGUCGCUAUGUUUCUCGGCACACAAAAUCAGGAUGGCAUCUCGAGAGCGCUAUGUUUGCAUUUCCCGUUCUUCAUUUCCACGGUGGCAAGAUUCCCGCAUACCGUGGAGUACAUGUACUUGGUUAGUACGGCCAUGAUAUUGGGGGCGCCGUUGAGUGUUGGUGGCUUUAUUUGGAAGGUCUUGGUCCCACUCACUUUGGGAAAUGUCAUUGGUGGGGGGUUGUUUACAGGAGCGUACCUCUGGCUCGUACAUCUGCCAGGUAGGCAACCAGUUGGCGCUGCACCGAAUGGAAGUCUGCUUGAUGACCAUGAGUAA